UUGCAAAUGGCCUUAACAAUAGCCUUUCAGAUUUUUAAAACUUCGCCGUUACGGGGACCCAACUCAUUGUACAUAAAUCACCUAUCGAAAAGGCUGCAGUCAUCCAAAGCGGAGACAUUUUUGAGCGGAACUAAUGCUAAUUAUUUGGAGGCGCAAUACUUAGACUGGAAAAACUCUAAAGGAGCAUCAUGGGAUGGAUUUUACGAAAGCGUUAGCGGUCCUACUCUCAAGAUUGAAGAAUUUGAGGAUGAGUUUAGUCCUGGAACCAGCACUAAACCCAAAAAAAAAGAAGAUAAAGAGACUACAGAAAGAAUCAAGAUGCACCUGGCCGUGAUGAGUCUCAUACGAAGCUAUCAGGUACGCGGACAUCUCCUGGCAAAAACUGAUCCACUGAAUCUUACGAUAGCUGCUAACUGGCUUCUUAACAAACAAGUCCCGCCGUUAGAAUUGAAAGGAGUUGAAUGUGGAAUAGUCUCGCGUGAACUUGGCACUUCGCUAGCUGAGGCUCAAAUGGAUGAAGUGUUCGAACUACCUGCAAGGACUUACAUUGGUGGUAAAGAGACAGCACUACCCCUAAGAGAGAUAGUGAGUCGGUUGGAAUUAUCCUACUGCGGUUCAAUAGGCGUGGAGUACAUGCACUUGUACGAUUUGGACGCCAUCCAGUUUAUACGGGAGCGAAUGGAGCCGCCGGGCGUGUUCGACAAGACACCAGAGGAGAAGCGUACUAUUAUGCGUCGUCUCACCAAAGCCGUAUUUCUGGAAAAAUACUUCGCUACGAAGUGGCCGGCGGAGAAACGGUUUGGAUUAGAAGGUGGGGAGAGCAUGAUUGCGAUGUUAGAAGAAAUUGUCGACACGAGCACGAAGUUGGGCGUUGAGUCAAUCGUCAUGGCAAUGCAACAUCGAGGACGACUGAAUAUGCUAGUCAAUGUGUGUCGCAAGCAGCUGACCGAUAUUUUUGCUCAAUUCAAACCGAUGGAGCCUAAAGAGCCGGGUUCGGGCGACAUCAAAUACCAUCUCGGCACUUUUAUACAUCGGUUCAUACGGCGCACAAAUAAAUACAUUAAAGUGUCGAUGAGCUGCAAUCCGUCACAUUUGGAGGUAGUCUCCCCAGUAGUCAUCGGGAAGGCGAGAGCUGAGCAGCAUUGGAAGGGUGACAGUAAUGGAGACAAGGUUAUGGCAAUAGUAAUGCAUGGAGACGCGGCGUUUUCCGGCCAGGGCGUGGUGUAUGAAACCAUGCAGCUGGGCAACCUCAAGUUCUUCACCACACACGGUUCCAUACACAUUGUCUGCAACAACCAGAUUGGGUACACCACCGAUCCUAGAUUCAGUAGGAGCGUGCCUUAUUGUUCCGAUGUAGCAAAAGCAUUCGAUGCACCAGUUUUGCACGUCAAUGGAGAUGACGCUGAAGCAGUAGCGCAUGCGGCUCGUAUUGCGAUCGAGUACCGCUGCAAGUUUAAGAAGGACGUGGUGAUAGACUUCGUGUGCUAUCGACGGUUCGGACACAGCGAGGAAGACGAGCCGAUGUUCACGCAACCCUUCAUGUACAAGAAGAUCAAGAGCAUGAAGACUGUUGACAAAAUAUACGAAGAAAGACUGAAAGCAGAGGGCGUAGUGACGGAUGCUGAUAUCAAGAAAUGGGAAAAAGAAUAUACGGACACACUGAACAAGCAUUUCGAACUUGCAAAGAAGAUUACAAAACUGAGCAUAAUGGACUGGGUAGAUACACCUUGGACUGGAUUUUUCGAAGCAACUGAUCCUAAAAAGGUUAAAGAUACUGGUAUCAGUGAAUCGGCUAUUGAAACGAUAUCCAAACACUUUUGUAAGCCGCCCGAACCAUGGGCCUUUGAAUGUCAUAAAGGCAUCCACAGAAUAUUGGAAAGACGAGAAAAAAUGGUAAAGGACGGUAUUGCCGAUUGGGCGAUGGGGGAAGCGUUGGCGUAUGGAUCAUUGUUGCGUGAUCAGAUACAUGUACGGCUUACCGGUGAAGACGUCGAAAGGGGGACUAUGGCACAUAGGCAUCACGUGUAUCAUCACCAGGGAAUUGACGGAGCUACGUACCGUGUUUUAGACACGCUAUAUCCUGACCAGGCAAAAUACAGCCUCCAUAACAGCUCUUUAUGUGAAUUUGGUAUCCUUGGCUUUGAAGUUGGCUAUUCGUACUCAAGCCCCUACCUCCUCACAAUCUGGGAGGCGCAAUACGGCGAUUUCGCCGACGAAGCGCAGCCAGUGUUUGACACGUUUAUAGUGAACGGGGAAAGCAAAUGGAUAUGCCAGUCCGGCCUCGUGAUACAGUUGCCACAUGGAAUCGAUGGAGCGGGUCCAGAACAUUCGUCUGGUCGUGUCGAGCGUUACCUUCAGCAGGCUGAUGAUGAUGAGGAUAGAAUUCCUGACCUUGAUGAUAAAGAAAUGUGGGUAAAACAACUACGAAGCUCGAACUGGAUAGUUUGCAACGUGACAACUCCAGCAAACUAUUUCCAUCUGAUGCGGCGACAAAUCGCGCUGCCCUUCCGCAAGCCGAUCAUAUUAAUGACACCGAAAGUUGGACUCAAGCAUCCAUACUACACCUCUCCCUUUAAAGACUUCCUGCCUGGCACUUGCUUUCAAAGGGCAAUUAGAGAAAGCGGUCCAGCAAGUAAGAAGCCCAAGGAGGUGAAGAAACUUAUCUUCUGCUCAGGAAAGAUUGCCAUCACAAUCGACGAACUGCGCAAAGAGAAGAAAAUGGAGGACAAAAUAGCUUUGUGCAGGAUCGAACAAGUGUAUCCGUUCCCCUAUGACAUUGUCCUCAAAGAGUUUUGUCGAUACGAAAAAGCUAGGGUCGCCUUCUGCCAGGAGGAACACAAGAACCAGGGUCCUUGGCCGUUCGUUAGGCCGAGACUGGAAAAUCUUCUUGGAAAGAAAGUCGAGGUCAUAACACGCCCCCCAAGUGCUGCUUCCGCGACGGGAAUCAAAUGGAUACACGCGAAGGAGCUCAAGGAAUUAAAAGAGGCUAUUAUUUCAUAGCUAUGAGUAGUUUUGUCUUGUACCGCUUUCA